AUGGAUGGGCAUUUCGCGUACACCGACAUGGAAAGCCCGACCGAAAACCCCAGCAAGGCGGCGGAGUACCUGAAAGAGCUGAAUAAAAUAAUCGAAACCCAACAGGAGUUGCUGGAGAAGCAGAAGAUUCGGAUUGAAGAGCUCGAGCAGCAAGUGACUGAUCUUUGUCAGGAGAACGCGUGCCUCAAGGAUCAGCACCAGAGGCACCUGGCCACCUGCAGACUGCAACAACAGGGCAACAGUCACCCCACGCUGGGUGCCAUAAAGGAGAAUGUGAUUCAAGAAAAGAAAGAAAGUGAAGGCUUGCGUGUCUCAAAUGUCAGACGGCACACAUCUUUGCCCCUCGACUUCACAGAUAACCCUGGCAACUUUAUUGUUCCGCUGUGUCGAAGAAGUUACCCCUGUCACAAACGGAAGACUGCAUCUCUUGGUGUGGAAGGUGAGGCUCAGGGCAGUGAGGCGAGUCCCUCUCUGGAGAACAGUGGUGGUUACAUACGAGGGCCAGUGACCCGCAGUGCCAUCAUCAGUGCCGAGCAUUUUGACGGGCCACCACUGUAUGCUCACGAGGUACGGCAGCGUCCACGGCGACCCAAACUCCAGCAUUCUCAGUCCAUUCUACGGAAGCAGGCGGAAGAGGAGGCCAUCAAACGCUCCAGAUCACUGUCUGAGAGCUAUGAGCUCUCCACUGACCUCCAAGACAAACAGGUGGAAAUGCUGGAGCGCAAGUAUGGAGGGCGUUUUAUAACCCGACAUGCUGCGCGCACAAUCCAGACUGCCUUCCGCCAAUAUCAGAUGAACAAGAACUUUGAGCGCCUCAGGAGUUCUAUGUCUGAGAACCGCAUGUCCAGACGCAUCGUUUUGUCCAAUAUGAGAAUGCAGUUUUCUUUUGAAGGACCUGAAAAAGUCCACAGUUCCUACUUUGAGGGGAAGCAGCUGUCACUUACUGAUGAUGGGUCUAAGCUAGGAGCCUUGGUGCAAUCAGAGCGUAGCGAAAUGGUCCCCGCUAACAUGAAGUCUCCUGCCGUCCAGAGUGAUUUCACGGAUGCCAUCACCGAGCUAGAGGACGUAUUCUCUCGGCAGGUAAAGUCAUUGGCAGAGUCUAUAGAUGAUGCUCUGAACUGUCGGAGCUUGCAUGGAGACGAGGGUCAGCCUGAGCCUACCAGAGGUCACGCAGAACUGGAUCCAGAGGUUACUUACCAGGUCAAACCUUCCCACAGCAGUGACCACCGAAAACGAGACGAGAUGUCGGCAUCCUACAGCGAUGUGACUCUGUAUAUUGAUGAGGAAGAGCUCUCCCCUCCUCUUCCUCUAUCACAGUUAGUAGACAGAACUUCUAGCACAGAAUCAGACCUCCGUCUGCGUUCUUUGAACUCUUCGCAUGACUACUGGUCUCUAGCUCACAAAGACGAGAAAGGGGACACGGACACUAGCUGCCGCAGUACCCCAUCUCUGGAGUGUCAAGAGCAGAGACUGAGGUUAGACCACCUCCCCCUGCUUACUAUUGAACCUCCCAGUGAUAGCUCAGUUGAAUUGAGCGACCGCUCUGACCGCAGUUCGCUCAAGAGGCAGAACGCCUAUGAUCGUGGUAUUGCCAGCCAGCAGGGCAGUCCUAAACACAUCCCUUCUCAUGCCCUCCCACCUCGAGGACCUUCAAGAGAUGAUGAUGCUCCUCGUCAUAGGCCUCGGCAGCUGGAGAGCCACCUGGCAAUCAAUGGCACCACCAAUCGACAGAGCAAGUCUGAGUCAGACUUCUCAGACGGUGAUAAUGACAGCAUCAACAGCACUUCCAAUUCCAAUGACACCAUCAACUGCAGUUCGGAGUCCUCGUCCAGGGAUAGUCUUCGAGAGCAGACUCUUAGCAAGCAGACGUACCAUAAGGAGACGCGCAACAGCUGGGACUCACCCGCGUUUAGCAAUGAUAUAAUUCGCAAGAGGCACUACCGCAUCGGCCUGAACCUUUUCAACAAGAAGCCAGAGAAAGGCACCCAAUACCUGAUUGAGAGAGGAUUUGUCCCAGACACACCUGUGGGUGUUGCACACUUUCUAUUACAGAGGAAGGGGCUGAGCCGGCAGAUGAUUGGCGAGUUCCUAGGCAAUAGGCAGAAACAGUUCAACAGAGAUGUUCUUGACUGUGUGGUAGAUGAGAUGGAUUUCUCAGGAAUGGAGCUGGAUGAAGCCUUGAGAAAAUUCCAAGCUCAUAUCCGGGUGCAAGGAGAAGCACAGAAGGUGGAACGACUCAUUGAAGCCUAUAGUCAGCGAUAUUGCAUCUGCAAUCCAGGGGUGGUGCGUCAAUUUAGAAACCCAGAUACCAUCUUCAUUCUGGCGUUUGCCAUCAUCCUCCUCAACACGGACAUGUAUAGCCCAAACGUGAAGCCAGAGAGGAAAAUGAAACUGGAGGACUUUGUGAAGAACCUUCGUGGGGUGGAUGAUGGGGAGGACAUCCCACGUGAGAUGUUGGUCGGCAUCUAUGAGCGAAUCCGGAAACGAGAACUGAAGACUAACGAAGACCACGUGUCCCAGGUGCAGAAGGUGGAGAAACUCAUUGUCGGCAAGAAACCGAUUGGGUCUCUGCAUCAUGGCCUUGGAUGUGUGCUGUCUCUACCACAUCGUAGACUGGUAUGUUACUGCAGACUGUUUGAAGUUCCCGACCCUAACAAACCUCAGAAGCUCGGUCUCCAUCAGAGAGAGAUCUUUCUGUUCAAUGAUCUCCUGGUGGUCACUAAGAUUUUCCAGAAGAAGAAAAACUCUGUGACGUACAGCUUCAGGCAGUCCUUCUCACUGUAUGGCAUGCAGGUGCUUCUGUUUGAAAACCAGUAUUAUCCCAAUGGAGUGCGUCUCACUUCAGCUCUUCCAGGUGCCGACAUCAAGGUUCUCAUUAACUUUAAUGCUCCCAACCCACAAGACCGCAAGAAGUUCACGGAUGACCUGCGGGAGUCUAUCGCAGAAGUACAAGAGAUGGAAAAGUUCAGAAUAGAGUCUGAACUGGAGAAGCAGAAAGGAGUGGUCCGUCCAAGCAUUUCCCAGAGCUCAGGGCUGAAGAAAGAGACAGGAAAUGGCAAUCUAAGUCGUACAAGUCUGGAUGACAGCUACACCGUGGGUGAAGGCCUCAAGAGAAGUGCCCUCAGCAGCUCCCUACGUGACCUUUCAGAUGCAGGCAAGCGGGGGCGCCGCAGCAGUGCAGGAUCUCUAGACAGCAAUAUGGAAGGGUCCAUCAUUAGCAGCCCCCACAUACGGCGCCGAGCCACGUCCAGCCGCGAUUGCCCCUCACGCCAGCAGUCCAUCCCCAACUCCUCCUCCCUCCUGGGCUCCCUUUUCGGCACCAAGCGGGGCAAGUCACCUCUGCCUCCGCAACCCUCCCACCCCUCUCAUCCGACGCUCAUCUCUCACACCCCACACCCAACCAACCUGCACCACACGGCCCGUGAGGGCGUCACCGAGACCCAGGCCCAGAUGCACCCCCACCACCCUCAGUUCUGCCACAUACAGCAAAACCCCCCACCCUACCACCACCACCAUCAUUACCACCCGCCAACACACAUUCAACACCCCACUCACCAGUACCACCCCCCGCCCGGCCACUUGCACACUCCUCACAGCCAUGGGCCACACCCAACACACCCCUCACACUCCCAGCAUGCGCCUCACCACCACAGCCAGCCUCCCGCCCCUCCUUCAGCACCCAGUAGCACCAAACCCAAACAAAGCGGCAUCAGCACCGUGGUCUGAGCCCGUCUCCAAACUCUUUCCUCUGGGACUAAUUUUGGCAGGGUGCCUGGUGGCAGACCAUGGGUCUCUCUUUAGCUAGCAUACUGAAGAUUUUGACGUAUGACGCCGGAUUGUUUGCUGCCUGACAGGACGUGAUUUGGGAAUGAGAACAAAGGGCAACUUUCAUUUUAUCAAGAGCCUGUCCCCUCUGGGAAGGGGCGCCACACUGUGUAGCACUGGCCUUUUCUUCUGGGGCUGCUAGAACUCCAAUCAUCACCAUUGUUACCAGUCAUCGCACAAUCUGUAGACUCCCAGACAAAGCUGCUGCUUCUUUUAGGCAUGACGUAGAGACUUUUAACCCACUGAAAAGUAAGAGCAUGCACAAAGACCGUGGCAACUGUUGUUUUGUGCGUGCAAUACCUAAAAUGCACUAUUGAGUAGCCUGCUUAUUAGUUUGCUGAAACAAUGUUUUCAAAAGAAUGGUUUUGGCCCACAAAAGGACUAAUGACAAGGGCACAGAUGAAGUCACAACGCGUGGUAUUCCAGUAUUUAAUGUAGCUGUAGACCACACAUUUCUGUGAUAUAGUUAGGGGACUAUAAUGUGCCAAUUAUUAAAAAGCAGUGACUGAGAAAAAGAUUUGCUUUGUGAAUGUUGUGCAUAUAGUAUUUUGUUAAAUAAUAAUAAUAAUAAUGUUAUCAGCUAUUAUUAUUAUUAUUAUUAUAUCGUUAGAGAAUAUACCGAUCGAAAGCCUCAGAUGAAAACGCCGGAUUAUCUGUGUGCUCUCCAAGCAGGCGUUACUAGUUUCCACUAAUACUCAGUUCAGUGUGACCCACUUGAUUAGGUGGCCAAUUGAACAACGUGGAAAUUAUUGUUUGCCUUUGUGAGAUUCGGAUCGGAAUCUCCCAAUCCGGGACAGCUGUAUUUGCUCCAAUUCCUUAGGGAUCUACGUAGCGCCAAAAGGGGAGGAAAGGGGAGGGCGGGACAGUAACUUAGCCGAACUCACCGAUGGAUCCUCCACUGCAACAUGCUGCAACAUGGUUUUAUUUUUUUAGCUAUUUUUUUAAAGAUGAAUAAAAACAAUAUGAAAUAAAUGUACAUUUGAAGAUGUUUAUGGUAAAGCUGGUUUAACCAAGAAGGCUAUUGUGGACAACACAACACAUUUAGCAUUAGGGGAAGCGUUUUGUUCAGAAUAGUGAGAUAUAUUGGAGGAAAGCAGGCUGAGAUUCAAAGCUGAUCCAGUUCUCUUCCCGUAUUUCAAGGGUUUGUUUUAAGUUUGUGCUAAGAUGAUUUUCUCAGCGGUCUGAGUGAGUACGCCCUCUUCAUUUCUCUUCUGUGUGGAGCUGGAGUGUUAACACACACAGAUAUUCUUCUGUCCUCCUGUAAUAAUGCCUUUCACUUGCUCAGAAACACAGCUAAUGUAAUGUAAU